GAAAAGUCUCUAGUGCAUGGAAACUAUUGUUCCACAAGAAUCAGCCUUAAGGGAUAGGCUCUCUGUAUAAAACUGUGAUAUGUUUUCGGAAUUUUCAGGAAAAACAAAUAUUGUUUAUAAAGUACUGUAAAAUACAGCAUACAUUGUUAACAGUAAAAUCGAAAAUCCUGUUGCCUACGAUUGUUAUGGAUAUGGUGAUCACAAGUUUGCAACAACAACGUCAAAUUACGGAGCAGCUGCGUCGUGAAGCAGCUUUAAAGCGAAUCACUGUCAGCAAAGCUGUGGAGGAUAUCAUGAAGUACAUCACAGAACACGAACAAGAGGAUUGUCUCUUGGUUGGUUUUUCAUCGCAGAAGUCUAAUCCCUUUCGUGAAAAAAGUUCAUGUACCAUUUUUUAAACUUGCUUGCUUAAAAUGAAGCAAGAAAGGAGAUCGUCAAUUAUCUUAUCAACGUAUAAUUUAUUACAGACAUGAAAGUAUUCCUAUCAUUCAUAUUCUAACAUUUAAAUAAUCGAGUCAAUUUAACAAAUCAGUGUCAUUACUAGUGCUUCUAUACACAAAUGAAUCUAUUUUUCUAUUGAUUGUGUGCAUAUGUCAAAAAAAGAAUGUAAGGCAAACUUGGAAGUACCACAUUUUAUUGCCAUCGUAUUGGCCUAUUUUACAUACACAUGUUCGUGAAAAAUGACAGAUUAUUUUAUACAAUGUUGAAUUUAUAGAAUGUUUAAGAGAAUUACAAUAUGUAUGUAACAUUAACAAAAGGAUAUGUAUCUGAUAUUCUGAUAUUCUGAUUAUAGUUAAAUAUCUCAAGUGCCUUCAUACAACAAAGUAAAUAUAUAUUUAUAUAAUUUAUACUAUCUACUACAUAAAUGGAUAUAACAAUUGUAAUACAAUAAAAAGAUGUAAACACUGAA